UCAAAACCUGCUCUCCAAGAAAAAGUGCAAUAAAAGCCCACCCCAUAUGGCGACAAUAUCUGAUAUGCUGCGAAUCUUCUCUUUCAUUUGCAUGGUAUAAAAUGAAGAGAAACCCCAAAAAAAAGUUUCAAAACAAUUCCAAUGGCUACCACUAGAUUGUUGCGUUCAUCUAACAAGCCUUUGGGCCGCCUUUUUUCUGCUUCUUCUUCUUGGCCUUCUUCGCCAGGGAAAACUGUGAGGUGUGUAAGCGAAGGAGCGCUAAAUGGGGAGAAGAAGGUUUGCGAACGUAGUGAGAGGAAGCCAACGGUGGCUGUGAAGGCUUCUGUGGCAGCAACCAAGAGUACUACCGUUGUCAUAUCAAAGCCACAGGUUGAUUGGGGAAGAGAGUUGGCAUCUUUGCUCGCAAAUGCUAUUAAUGCUAUGCGACAGGUGCUGAGGCCGGUUAUCAAACCAAGACGUUGGAAAUUACACGUUCAGAUGUUCAUUGAAAAGGUUAUAAUUGAUUGUCGAUUCUUUACCAUAUUUGCUGUUGCGGGAUCUUUACUUGGAUCAGUACUGUGUUUCAUCGAGGGAUGCGUUCUCAUUCUGGAGUCAUCUUUACAUUAUUUUCAUAGCUUAUCACAGAAGUCGGACCAAGAACUUAUCAUCCACGUAUUGAUAGAAGCCAUAGAUAUGUUCUUGGUUGGAACCGCCAUGCUUAUUUUUGGGGAUGGGGCUGUACAUCCUGUUUAUGGGAUCAAAGACUAUAAAAGGAGGUGCCCCCUCGCUUCCAAGAUCGAACUUGUUUGGGCUCUUCCAUUUGAAGGUAUUCAACUUUCUUUUGUAUUUGUCAUACCAAGAACAAAUUAACCAUCAAAUAUUUUACAUGAUUUUCUCUAUGAUUCUUCAGACUCUUCCGGCUUGGGUUGAAAUGAAAUCAGUUUCACAAGCAAAGUCAAAAUUUGGGCAUGCUGUGAUGAUGAUACUUCAAGUUGGAGUUCUGGAGAAAUUCAAGAGUAUACCAAUCGUUACUAGCUUGGAUCUUGCGUGCUUUGCUGGGGCUGUAUUUCUUUCCUCAGCUUGUGUAUUCCUUCUCUCGAGGCUUUCAGUUGGCAAUAGCAUGGAAGAUAGAUAGCCGAGAAAUCUAUAUACUGAUGAUACCUUUAAUUCUUUUGGUCAGUAAUUCCUUUAGUAGCAUCAAUGAUAUAUAGUUGUAUUUGUAUAGACACAGCUGUUAAUUAGAUGAUGAGAAAAAUGAAAAUCUUAAAGGUCUAAAAGAACAAUUAAGCUUCAACAUCAAGUAUAUUUAGUAUGGUACUGGUUAGCCAAUAUCAGUUUCCGCUUCAUGGUGGAGACUCGGAGAUCGUCGCUAUAGAUUUCAAGAGCUGCUUCAUCCUCAUCAUCAGAGUAUACAUGGCUGCAGCAGAAUCCAUGGCAAAAGCAAUCAAAACUUGUAGGAGAAACCAAAGGGCAACGAGCUUGGUUGAUAGAGGCAGCUCAUUAUGGAAUGUUAAAUAAUGAAUUAUUAUUAUGAUGUUAAUAUCCUAAACCCCGAGCAAUCUCUAUUGGACAAAACAAACUCUUGAAAACCCUUGGCCCAAUGAUGAGAGAAUGAUAAUGGGCGUAGAUGGACCUUGGAAUUAAACUGGACUAAAAACCAUUAGGGGUUUGAAACUAGUUUAAGUAUGGGUUGGAUUUGGAACAAUUUCAUGGAUGGACUUAAUUAAUCUGGUUA